GGGCCACACGCAUUCAGCCAACCAGGAAAAAGAGACUUAUGAUCGGCACUGUUCCGCCUCUGCCAGAGACCUUUGUUCUGCCCCCCCCGGAUCUCCCACAAAAUACCCAAACGGGCCAAUGAUCCGCGACUGAAAUAGCCUCGGAUCGGUGCGCUGCGUGAGCUUAAUGGCUGUAGUUUUACGGCAAAAAAUAACUACACACCGCGAGCUACGUUCGAGUGGACAGAUCCGACAGAAGAGCCCACCCGGGGAACCAUUUUCGUCAUCUGCCAAUGGAAACAAAACACGAAGAUGAGAACGAGAGCCGACAAGGUAAUGGACUCCCGAUGCGCUACCUCCGCCUGCUGGCCCCUCCGCUGCAGCUCCUGUCUGCCACCAUGUGGCAGGUCGUGCAGCAGGGCCUCGUGCAGCAUUACGGGAUGUUGGAGGAGUUCGUUACCAUGGUGACGGAGCUGGUUCCGGAGCUCAUGAGCUUCAACCAGAGAGCGCAGCUGAUCCUGGGGCUGCGGGCCAGGCUCGUUCUGGAAAUGUGUAGAGGAGAAGAACCACUGGACACAAAUGAUAUUCAAAACCACCUGGACAGAAUCAAAGCCCUAACCACCGCCAAGGAGCAGCCGGAUAACCUCGAUCGUGUAGAAGAGUCCCAAAUGAAAUUUGUGGAGCUCGUACAGUCGUUAUUAAAGGAUUCUGCAAAACGAAAUCAAUUUUUUCAGGAGAUCUUCCCCGAUUAUUACGGGCCAAAGUUCGACACUGCUCUGGAGAUGUUGGUCUGGGAGUUCAUCACGAGGCUGGAGGAGCUUCUGCCCGCUCCAGAUUUCACACAGGUGGCGGCUCUGCUCGGUGACGCCCCCUGUCUGCUGGAGGAGUGUCUGCAGUCUUUCUUCGCUCCAGAGGAAAUGAAGGCCGUGGUGGAACAUCACAGAAACCUGGGAUUCUUUGAGGAGAAAGACUCCAGACUUCUACCGAUGGACGACUGCAUCCUCUCCGCGCUCUCUCUGCCCUCUGAGGUCAGGCCCACUCCAGACUCCGCCCUGCUGGAGCUGACCCCGAACUCGGAGCUGGACAACCACAGGAGCAGCAGCAGAGACCCGGCCCCCAGCCCCAGCAAAACCAACGAGCCGGCGAGCACCGACAGCGUGGACCUGAGCUCCUCCAUGGACGACGUGAGUGAGUCGAGUCAGAUCACCGGGGGCAGGGUUCUGAGGAAGAGGAAGCAGACCGACUACAAAGACGUCCCCCGGAAACAGCCCGCCAAGGCCUUACCACACAGGAACUCCUCAGCGGAUGAAGAAAACUCAAGUGACUCUCCUCUGAUCUCAAUAUGGGGGGAUUACACAGACAGUCCCAAGCCGUCCGUGGGAGCAGACGCCAAGGUGCACUGGUCUGACGAGGAGACGGUGAUUCUGCUGGACGUCUGGGGCAUGAACGUUGUGAAUCCUCGGCGUUUGAAGAGCCGUCAGCUCCUGGGUCAGAUCUCACGUAAACUGUGUGAACGCGGAUACAGGAGGACCCCCGAGCAGUGCCAGUCCAGGAUCAAACGCCUUCGCAGAUACUUCGCACAAGUCAGCAGCAGUGUGAAUGGUAAAGUGGAGUGUAAGUUUUAUGACCAGCUGGAGCGGAUCCUGACCGCAGACCCCGACUCCACGUGCGACGCAGACGACGGAGACGAAGAAGAAAACCAGGAAAUGGACGACGAUCUGCAGUUUAUCGAGCAGAACCUUCCUCUGGACAUCUCCACGGAUACGGUUUCUUCCAGUGCUCGCGCCGCCUGGUCCGACUCGGAGACCCUGGCCCUGAUCAACAUCUGGGGGGAGAACAAGCACCAGGUCGGGUCCAGAGGGGGGCACCGCGGAGCUCAGCUGUUCAACAUCGUCUCCAAAAAGAUGGCCGCUCUGGGAUACGUGAGGACGCCGGACCAGUGCCAGACCAGAAUGAAGAGACUCAAGUCCAGAUUUAGGCAAAACUACGACAACAAUUGUGUCGGCGGGGGGCAGGAUCGCGUGUUCUCCGAGCUCGCCCGGUUUAUGCCCAGGGACCACUCACUGGAGGACGAGGUGGACCGGGCCCUGGAGGAGCUUCAGGACGACGACCUGUCUGCCUACUUCAACCAAGACCUGGAUGCUGUUUUCAAUCUUCAGGAAGAAAGGAAAAAAGUGACUUGGUUGGACAAAGAGACUGUUCUGCUGCUGGAGAUCUGGGGCGAUCCACAGGUUCAACAGGACUUAAAGCGCUUCCCUCAUAACUCUCCUGUUUAUAACGAGAUCGCGGAGAAGUUGGCGGCCUGUGGUUACCGACGCAGCGCGGAUCAGUGCUACACCCGAAUCAAACGCCUUAAAGCGCUGUAUCGAAACUGUCAGGAGAAAAUGGAUAAAGGAGGAGUCAAGUCGGAUUUUAAAUUUUAUAACAUCCUGGAGAAGAUCCUGGGCAGCCAACCGUCAACCUCUUCAACUCCCUCAACUCCCUCCACCAAAGUCACAGACGCCAUGGAGAUCUCCGAGGACUCCAACAGCAACUCAGUGCCUGAAAUAGAUGUGAUGUCCGCAGAGAUCGGUUUCUGGACAGACGUGGAGGUCCGGACACUAAUCGACAUUUGGGCGGAGGAGGAAGUGAAAAAAUCUCUGACGGGCGAAGUUCAGAACGGGCAGAUGUAUUCGAAUAUCAUACAGAAAAUGAUGUCGCUGGGCUUCUCCAAAACCUACAACCAGUGCUGCUUAAAAGUCAAAGAGCUCAAGAACAAUUUCCACCAGUGCUACGAAAGGAAGAAGGCCGGCAAAGUGGUGGAUUACAGGUUUUAUGAUCAGCUGGAGCCGAUCCUGGAGUCUUUGAUUGAAGAUCCUGACGAGAAAGACGAAGAGGCGGAGAAUCGUCCAGUAGCCGACAGUGGGAGCACUGUGUGGACGGAGCCUGAGACCAUCGCCUUCCUCCAGAUCUGGGCCGCUGACGACGUCCAACAGAACCUCAAAUCUUCUUUCCGAAACGGACGUAUUUACGCCGAAAUUUCAGAUAAGAUGUCCGGUCUGGGAUUCCACAAGACGGCCGAGCAGUGCCACGACCACAUCACCAAACUCAAGAAGAACUACAGGCGAUACUGCAGGGGAGGCUCCCGUAGGAGUGUGUUCCCGUACCUUCACAUCAUGGCUCCGGUUCUGGGAGGUAUGGGCUUCAAUUCUGACGCCGACGCCGCGGCUUUCGACUCCAACCAGGACGUGUACGCGGAAAAGGACCAGGAAGUCUACGAGCAGCCCUCCACCAGUCAGCUGACGUCAGACCAGGGGAAGAAGGCCACGUGGUCGGACCAGGAGACCCGCCUCCUGCUGAAGAUCUGGGGCGAGGACCGGAUCCAGAUGACACUGAAGGGCUCCUUGAAGAACCGCCACGUUUACGACCACAUCUCCACCGCCCUGGGCGAGUACGGCUUCACGCGCAGCGCCGACCAGUGCUACACGCGCAUCAAACGCCUCAAAGCCGGAUACCACCACGAGAAGACUGACUUCAGGUACUACAAGGAGCUGCAGGAGAUUCUGCAGAAACAGCCCAAAGCCGCCGACGCUUCGUUUGAGGAGGUGCCCCUGCCUGACAUGAGCCUCCCAGAUCUGUCCUUCUCCGACAUGUCCUUCAUAGAGGACCCAGACCCAAACAAAGGUGUGUGGACUGGCGACGGCACGAAGGUGAUCUGGAGCGACAAAGAGACUAAAGUUCUGCUGGAGAUCUGGGCGAGCGAAGGCGUGCAGCAGAACCUGAAGGGAAACACUAAGAACAAGCACAUCUUUGAGCAGAUCUCCAGAGCCAUGAUGAGUCACGGGUACAUGCGCAGCGCAGACCAGUGUCAGAGCCGCAUCAAGAGGCUCCGAGCGGGCUUCAAGAGCGCCAUCGACGGACGCAAAGGAGGAAAGCAGGAUGUGAAGUACUUCAACCAUCUGGUGCGAGCGUUCGGAAACAAGUACCUGAACUCUACGACGGAGGAGGCAGUAGCCGAGGAAGGAGUUUCAGAUUAUUGAAACAUCUCAUCACCACACAGCCAUAGAGAAGACGCAGAAACCUCAACCUCGAAGAUACUAAAAAUCAGUUUCUUGUUUACAGAAUUGCAAUGCAUUUUAUUUGUUCACACGGCUCUAGCCUUUUUUUUAAAAAACGCGUACUGUUCGAAAAUUGGCCUUAACUUCAACGAAAACGUGAGCUAACGGAGUCCGUCCUACUAAAAACGAGUGUCAAUAUCCUGUAGCAUCCGGCUGCAUUUUGAAACCUGGUACCUAAUUUUUAACUGUAUGAUUUUAGAAUGGAAUGUGUUCUAUGUGCAAGUAUUCAAAUUUUAUCUUUUUUAUUUAAUUAAUUAUUAUUUAUAUUUAUUAUUCAUAUUUUAAGCUGGUCUCAAACAUUUCAGUUACAUCACUACUACAAGUUCAAACUAUAUAUAUUUGUAAUUCUUUGUCGCUUAAAAAAAAGGUUUGUAGCUUUUCCAGCGGAGCGCCCGUCGCCCGUUUUGGCCCCGAAUGUCCCGCAGCGUGGCAUUAAACGCGCCCGUCCAUCUAUCUAUGACACUACUGGGUUACCGCUAUGUUACAGGCCGCGUCGGCGGAGGGCGCGAGUCGCCGCGUGUUUUUGUCCGAGGUCAUUUUUUUCCAGCAAUAAAAAAAAACAAACACCUGUACUUGAAUAAAUGCAAGGCGCGCUUAAUGCCACGCUGCGGGACAUUACAAACGUCUAGGAAAACGGAAAACGGAACGCCCGCUUCCCCCACCCCCCCCGUCGCUCUACCGCCCGAAAAGUUACAAGCCGAACGCCAAAAUCCUGUCUCCGAACAGAUUUGUUUUAACUCUGCCACAGAUUUUUACAUUUGUUCAUUUGUCAUUUGAAACACUGGUUAAAAGUUGCUUGACAAUUCUCUUUAUAUCGACUUGACUCGAACUACCUGCUCUAAAGGAAGCAUUUUAUCUGAAUGGUUAUUGUCCUCAAUGCUUUUGUAAGACCAAUAAAGGCUUCACUGUUUAUAA